AUGCAUCCUCCGGCGAGGGCGGCCGCCAGACGAUUGCAAGUCGAGAUGCGGCCCGGUUGCGCCCUGUUGCUGGCUGCCUGCUGCCUUUGUGCAGCCACAUUGAACGAAAAUGACUUGAAUCAUGAAUCAGAAACGGAUGACAACCCGUUGGGAAAACCGACACCUGUAUAUGUGAAACCAAAUAACAAGAACGCAAACGACAAGCCAAUUAUUUACAUUGCGGCUAAGAACCAACUUAAGAAAAACAACUAUAGUAUCAUAAAUCCGAAACGAGAGACGUAUGCUAACUCUAUUGCUACAGACAACAAGAAACCUAUCAAUUCCUUUCGAAUUUCUAAUAAUGGAAAUAAUGACUUUGGUAGCACCCCUUCUAAUUAUGAUGCUGAUGCUGAUCGAUCCAUUGGAAUUACAGUAAUACAUAUUACUUCAAAUUAUCAUCUUACAACCAAUAACAAAGGAAAUUUAACCAACCAUGCGUCUAAUGAUGAACACAUAAUAAAUGUAAACGGUAAUGUUACUAACAAUCCAUUCGAAUACCAACUCACAAUCGACGAAGAUGGCAAUGUAACAAAGACGUACAAUAAUUCAGCUGAAGAGGAGGACGAUCCAGGUUACAAAAACAAUAAUAACACAAUUAAAGUAAUCGUUGCUUCAGGCGCAACAGAGUUGAAUAUUAAAAAUCCUAUAUUUAUAAAAGACAGUAUUAAAAUCAAAGAAAUAGAGCCUUUAUUAAAAUAUAACAAUUUUUUUAUGAACUCUACAAUUGAAGAUGAAGAGGAUUUAAAAAAUAUAACUGAAAAAAAAAAUAUGGAGGACGAUGAAUUAAGCACUGUUAAUGAUUUUUAUUUAUCAUCCCACAAGACGACUACUAAUGAAUAUUAUACAUACGAUGAAAACGAUAUAGCCGAUCAAUUGGCUUUUCAACAGUAUAAAGCUGAAACAAAUUUUGUUCCACAAACUGAAAGUGAUAAGUACGCUCAGACGCUAGCGUCCUAUAGAUUCAUGACUUUAGCAAAAGGUACCGAGUGGACAGAUAUAGACGAUGAAACAAAUCAUAACACAGUAUAUCCAAGCCCUAUUACCUCUACAAAUUCGAAAGGAGUAAAUAAUUUUGAAAAAACUGAGUUACCUAAUAACGAAGAAGAUUCUAAUAAUUUGAUAGAUACACAAAGGGAUAAGUUAUUAGAAUUCGUCGCUUUGGACACAUAUCGAACUUUCGAAACCGAGAAGCCUAUAUCUACACCACCAACUUCAAUUGCAGCCAGCUCAGAUUUUAAGUCUGUGACGGAGGAAGAAGCUGUGCCUCAGCCCACUAUGUCAUAUCCGAAACUGGAGCACAGCUACCGGGUCUACAGCGGGUCAAAUUUCAACAUUGGUGCAUUCGAUAAAACCACCAUACCACUAAUGCAAAAGCUGCGAUUCGAGUUCCCUUAUUUCGGUCAUAAUGUGACGAACAUCACGAUAUCCACCGGCGGUUACAUCAUGACGGGGGUAGCAGGGCUAGACUGGUCUGCGGACGGGCAGGGCCUGCAGCCCUUCAUGACCAACUUCGACACCACCAACGUCGACGACUACGCCCUCAUCUUCUACGAUGAACCGGACAGACUAACCGUCAUCUGGGAGAAUAUUCCACUUUACGGAGACGUACAGUCCCGCUUUACGUUCUCUGCUACCAUGUAUGACGAUGGAGACGUCACGUUCUCCUACAAGGAGCUGCCGAUCAGCGCACUGGAACUGCAGGAGAAGAGCUACGACAUGAAGAUCGGGCUCGUGGACUCGUUCCUUAUGAACAAAGACGCUUACUAUGUCAGGCACAAGACCAGUCACACGUACACUCGGCUCUCGUUCGAGGAGGUUGGCGUGGUGAGCAGUUCGGUGCUGGAGCUGCAAGUACAGCCAGCUUGCCCGCAGCACACCACCUGCCAAAGCUGCGUCGAACACUCAAUCAAAUACUCUAACUUCAAGACUCUUGACCUACGUGUGCCUCUACGGAUCCCACACCGGCGACGCAGAGACAACUCGACUCUUAGAGCACUUAGUCGGGCAGCAGAUGAUGCCCAGGCGCAAUUUCCCAACGCAGAACUGGUGUUAUUGGGGGACUUUAACGCCCACCUUGGUUUGUGGUUGGGCUCCUCCAAAACUGACGAUGCAGUGAUCUCUGCCCAUGCAUUCGCUCUCGUGCAUAACUUGACACAACUGGUCGAUCAGCCCCCCAGGAUCCCAGACAUAGCAAGUCAAGCGCCUUCUUUACUAAACCUUCUGCUUAGGACUCAUCCGCAGGAGUAUCGGGUUAUGGUUCGAGCCCCACUGGGUCCAACAGAUCAUUGCCUGAUAUCUGCCAAGGUGCCACAGGUCAAGACCCCUCGACCAUUGGUGGUCAAACGCAGGAUCUGGCACUAUAGCAUAUUGAGAUAG